GAAGGAGUCUGGCUAAACACCUACUUCUGACGACAAAUAUAGGGAUUGCAUCACAAUAUUGAAGAUAAGUCGUCGCGCUUAUAAGCCACAGACUUUGGGACUCUAAUUCCCUACCCAAAAUAUGACUUCCCAGCUGUCCCAGCUUGUCUCUCUCAUCUCAAACGCCACCAAAUCCGUAGAGGAUGCCUUCGCAAAGACAGCUAAACCUGACGUCCCUUCGUUGGACGACACCACUCCCCAUCCCUUAGAUGAUCAGGUAUCAUCUACGGAGAUGAGAGAAGCCAUCCAGACGAUAGAGGGCGCAUGCGCGCAGCUCUGCGCUCUCGUUGCUCACCCUAACCGUGCCAUGCUGAACAGAGUAUUCAACAUGUUUGAACCAGCGUGUAUCCGCGCCGUCAUCAAUUUCAACAUUGCUGACCACCUCCUCGACAAACCGGAAGGCGUUCACAUGACAGAGCUCGGCAAAUUAUCAGGUGUAGAACCUCGCAAGCUGGGCAGAAUCAUGAGACUCCUCGCAAGCAAUCAUUGCUUCCGUGAAGUCAACCCCAACGUCUUCGCGAACAAUCGGCUCAGUAUGAUGCUCUUGAGCACAAACGGUGCAUCAGCCUUUUCCGAUCUUAUAACAGACGAGACAAACAAAGCGGCCGCCAUGCUCACCGAAAACUUGAAGGAUCCGGAUUGGGGACAUUCAUAUUCGCCUACCCACACUCCUUUCAACUCCUGGAGCAAGUAUCCUGGAACAAUAUUCUCGUGGUAUCAGGGUCCGGGAACAGAUAUCGGAGCUGCGAAAGGCAUCCGUUUCGGGAAGGGAAUGAAAGGAUGGGGCGACUUCCUUGAAACGUCGGCUGUCGUCAAUGUAUUCCCGUGGAGCGAUCUUCGUGAUGGUGCCAUUGUAUGCGAUAUGGGAGGAGGAAUCGGGGUCGUCUCUAUGCAGUUGGUUGAUGCCUAUCCCAACCUUCACAUCGUGCUUCAAGAUGUACCUGCACAGAUCGAAGUGGCAAAGAACGAAGUUUGGCCAAAGUUCUGCCCAAUGGCUAUUGGCGAAGGGCGCGUAGAAUUCAAAACUAUGGAUUUCUUUGCGGAAUUACCGGUCAAAGGCUGUGAUGUGUACUUUGUGAAAAAUAUCUUACACGACUGGCCGGACAAAGAAUGCAAAAUGAUUUUAAGGAAUUUGGUGAACGCUAUGUCGGCGAAUAGUCGUCUGCUAAUCAACGACUACAUCAUUCAGCACGUGAAUAGAGACAGCAACACGCCCGAGUCGGUAUCAGAUCUUAAGCUAGCGCCGGAACCUCUUCUGCCCAACUACGGUGCGGGGGGCAUGACCCAGUACAACAUGGAUCUGGCAGUGAUGUGCUUGUUCAACAGUCAAGAGCGCACUUUGGAGCAUUUCAUUGAAAUGUGCCAGGAGGUUGGCUUGAAGUUUGUGCGUGUAUGGGAUGCAGGGGAGACCAGUGUUAUCGAAUUUUGUUUGGAGUGAAGGCCCGCCCACAGUGGGUCCAUCAGAAGGAUAUGCUAAUAACAUGAUUCGAG